AUGGAAGACCUCGGAAAUUUAGGGGAAUUUUCCGGAAAUGUUCCAUCUAUGAACGUAUCCUUUGAUUUGAGUGUGGACGAAACCAGAACAGAUGACGGGAACAUGACAGAAAAAGUGGAGAUUACCUCAUCAGCUGAUUUAGGAUUACCUUCGCCGGUACCCGUUACAGAAGAGGAAUAUGAUGAAGUAUCUACAGAAAUUAACAGCAAUGAUGAGGAAGUCGAUACCAGAACAGCACUUAGUCCCGAACUCCAACAAGGCUAUAGAAUUUUGAAAGAACUAAUGGCAGAUAGUAACAAAUCUGUGAACUGGCACUUUUUGGAAGCAGUCGACGAUAGUCAUCCCGAAACUGCGGAUUAUUACGAACGAAUCAAGAGGCCUGUUUGGUUGGGGAAAAUGCUAGAUAAGUUUGAAGAACGUCUUUAUGGAACAAUAACAGAGUUUGUGUCAGAUUUCCGUCUGAUGUUGGAAAAUUGUUACCGCUACAAUGGACCUGACCACUAUGUUUCCAAGAGAGGACAGAAGCUGGAAACAAUGAUGGAACAAAAACUUGCUCUUCUUUCGAGAGAGUUACGAGAGAAGACAUCAAUUGCUGCAACAUCAGGUCAAAAUGGUGAUGACAACAUUUCUUUUUCAGGUUUACGUAGACGAACCAGGACAAUAAUUCCUCAUGAUUCCUCUGCCCUGUUGAGUCAACUGAGAGAGGAGGAGCUACGUCGUGAUCGGGAACAACGUAAACAGCAGAUUACGGACAGGAAGGCAGUACAAGAGGCACAGCUCCAGGAAGUCUUGGACUGGGAAGUGAAUAUCUUAGAUGGCAAAGGAGACUAUAUGAGAGCCAUGUGGGAGCUGCCACAAAUUGGCCAUUUCUUAUUCCUGUGUCAGGAUGCACUGAAUAUCGGAGAAAUCCCCCAGUUCGAGUUGGAGCGGUGUUUUUACAUGCCUAGAGAGAGUGUAGUAAUGCAGAAAGUGAUGACGGCUCUACUUAGUACUCCAUUCCAGAGAUUGAGGAUUGACAAGAAGACUUUGAUGCCGUACAGUAUUUGGGAUGAAAAAUUAAGAGUUAAACUGAGGCAGUGGUACAAAAUAUUUGUAGAUGGCCACGAGGAUGUACAAAAGGCUGCAGUCAAACUAGGAAUUGAUGGCAAUUUCUUUGACAUAGUUGGCAAACGAAAUCCAAUGGAGCGACGUAAAUUCCAUAAACUAUGUCCCUACCGAAGAGUUUGGAUUGUGAAGUCCUUGUGUGACUACUGUUUGGAGCAUCAAGAAUCCAUAAGGGAUGCUAUUGAGUCUCAACCCAUUGAAGAACAGCAUGAUUACCUACUAGGAGUAGAUGCUCAUGGAACACGUUACCUCCACUUUCCUCAAUUCUGUGGGGCAGAUCUUAGGAUCUACAAGCAAGAAAAAAUCCCUGAACCAAAACUUCCAGUAUUUAUAGACACACCAAAACAAAAGGAAAAGGAAAUGGAGCUUAUGGAAACAAAUGCUGAAAUGGAUCAGUCACAACGCCCAAAGAAAAAGAAGAAAAAGAGGGUAAAGCCGGAACUUCCUGCUCCUCCAACAAAUAGGCCAAGUCGACUUAGACAGAAAAUUAAAACUGUGUUGCCGGUUCCAAGUUAUUCAUCAUCUUCAUCCUCGUCUUCAUCAGAUGAUGAUGGUGGGGAUGAAAGUGAUGGAUCUGAUGCUAAUACCAGAACAAGUUUUGGAGAUCAGAGUGACUUAAAUCUUAAUGAUAGUGGAAUAUGUGAAGAUACACCUAGAGAGAGAAAAAAUGAACCUCCAAACAAACCACUACACCGACUGAUGGAGAGUGAUAACUGUAGCGAUACUUCAUCAGUUGACGGAGAUGGUGCUUGCAAGCGGUCUCGUACUCGCAGACUUGUGCGGAAUGGCUUGUUACGUGACUUCAAUGUAUCUGAACAGUCUCUAGAUGAAAGUUCCAUGGAUAGAGAUGAAAUCUCUGAAGUCAAAGAUGAAACUAUGUCUGAGACGAGUAACACACUAGAUAGUUUGGAGGAUAGUAAUGGUGCUUGUAAAGAUAACGAUAUCAAAAUGGAGGAUAAAACUGCAUCAGACAGGACUGAGACAGAAGUAUGUGAGAGUGAUACAGAUUCACAAUUGUCACAUACAAUUAGCAUGAAAAAAGGAAAUGACAUGCGUGGAUAUGAACCAAUGGAUGUAAGUGAAACAGAAUUCCAGGAUACUUGUAUCGAGAUGGAUGCCAAGGGAGACCAUCCACAAGAUAGAGAAACAACAGACGAAAAACAGUCUCCUUUUUGUGAUAGCAUUUCUCAUAAUACAGAAUCGCCAUUUGAUGGCAUCAGUACUAGUCAACUCAGUAAAGUUCAUCCCACCAGUGCAGUGUUAACAGAACAGUCCACAAGUAGUGAUAACACACAAGACAAUUUGGAACCAGAGUUUUCUAAGGGUAAUACAUCCAUUGACAUAAAAUAUGAAUCAAAUACUCAAACAUCUAUUCGACCUGAAGGUAUGUCAGACUUUAAGUUGAGCAGGGUAGGAAUCCAAAGCCCACAUUCAUUUGGAAAAAACCUGAAACAAGCGGAUACUAGCAGUAGUGAUAUUGAAACCUUGACUUCUAGCUGUGAUAAAAUAGACACUAAUGUAAAAGUAGAAAAAAGAGAAAAAGAUGUUGAAAAUGUGUUAGGGCAGGUGCUUGACCAUGACUACUCGGGGCAGAGUGGGAUGGGGAAAUUCCUUGACCAUGAUUAUGGACAGGGCUGUCAUGCAGAUUUAGACAAGGUAAAGGAUGAAGCAACAGACAGCAUAGAGGUUAAACAAGAGGUAAAGAAGGAGGAAGAAGAAAUUGAACAGGAAGAGGAAGUGUUACCAGAGAUAGGUCCAUUUAAACUGAUUGUGGAAUGUGUUGAAGAUUUGAAACAACUGGUGGAAUCUUUUGCUGAGCAGGAACCAAUCGUCAUCGGAAAAGGAAAGAAACAAAAGGUGAUAAAGCCACCUCCUCGCAAGCGUUGUGUAGUAGACCUCCAUGGGAGGCUCUUGUUCCUAUUGAAGGAGCUAGAACCAUGGGAACAAAAGCUUAUCCAGGCAACAAGAAAGGCCAGAAUCAAGAUGCAUAAGGAGCAGACAUCGUAUGUUGAGGAACCACAGCAGGAGGAGAAAUGGGAGUCUGAGCAUUCUGAAUCAUCUGGAUCUGAGGAUGGGGAAAAUUCCGAUUUUAAUGGGAGUGGGGAUGAAGAUGUGGUUGAGGAUGAAGAGAGGGAUGUGGUCAUUCAUGCAGUAACUACUGCUGUAGCUGCUUCCACAAAUAACCUUUCGGUGUCUCAAAGUGAAACCAUGGAAGACUGUGAUGAUAUUGACGUGAGUUCUAGGGGGCGCAUCAGAAAGAGACGUAUCAUUCCAAACAACUCUGAAGAUUCUGGAACACCUAAGAAACGCAAGCUAGUCAAUGUUUCUUUGCCAACAACUGUACCACAUGUGCCAAACAUUUUGCAGCGUCCUACAGGGAAGAUGUUGUCCUCUAGUGGUAUUAGUUCUCUGGAUGGCAGUUCUGCAAGUCAGAUCCUGUUGCAAACUAGUUCUGGAAAUCACAGCCUUCUGCCUUCAAAUGUGAAACUUUUGUCAGGGGACAAGAUACUUCAACCCCAAGCAUUGUCAUUAUUACAAAAACCUGCCCAGUUACAACAAUCAUUCGCCCAAGGAAUUUCUCAUGCCAGAUUGCUGCAAGGCCUGUCACAACAUACUCUCUCUUCCAAGCAGGCCUCUCAUCCAGUCAUACAACAACUGCUGUCAACAUCACACCAUCCUAACCCCCAUGUCAGUCUGUCUGCAUCCAGCCAUCCUAGCCCUGGAGCAACAUCAUCCACCCCGCAGAGAACUGUUCUUUUCCAGCCAGCCAAUAAACAAACCACUGUCAGACCCCACAUCACCAAACUUGUCUCGCCAGGUCUGUCGAUGAGUGGUGCUGUAGACCCUCAGCUUCCAAACAUACCCUCUACUGGUGGCAAGAUACAGUACUAUGCAGCCAACAUCAACACUUUACCUCCUUCUGUCUUACAACAACUCAUUAAAUCCAAUGCACUCAAGAUCCCACCAGGCCCUAACCAGUCCGGCAUGGUCCUGCUCACCACAGUCAACCCCCAGGGCCCCACCUCUUCUAGUCAGAGCCCCACCAUUGCUGGACUACAGAUUCAGACUGCUCAGAAAACAUCUGUUAAGAAGACUGUUGUGCCUGUAACAGAACAGACACUUCCCAAGGCUGUUGUGCCCAAGACCAUGUUGAGACUUCCAAUCAGUCAUCAAGUAUCAUCUGCUGUGACUGCAACACCAGGUUCUAUGAUCAAGAAAGUAAUUCCCCAGAUGAACACUGCUGUUAAUAUACAUUUGAGCGUGCCUUCUGUAAAUUCUUCACUUGGGCACCUUCACAGUGCCACCAAUGCAUCAACUGGAUGUGCUGUGAUGUCUGUGGCAUCCAAUGAAGUGGUACAAAACACAAAGAUGGACAAUAGUGUUAGUGUAGAAAAUGCUAGUUUAGGAAGUGGUGCAGUGUCAUUGCCCCCUAUGACACCCAGUAGUAGUUCUCUUUCUCCUACAAACAUCUCAUCCACUUCUCCGAACAGACAACCUUACAAGUAUGCAAAUAAUGUUACGGUGAAAACUUUACUGGAGGCACGAAAGGAUGCAGAAAAAACACCAGGAGAACCCGCUAAACCAGUAAUUGUUAAAAAAACAUGUGAAAUUACAUCAUCAACACCUACUGUCUUGUUACAUCCCACAUCCACUGGUAUAAAGACUUUAAAGAUCCCCAGCAAGGCAGUUUUAGAUUCUGCAGUUCAGGCCGUGGUGACAGAUGUUCCAACAUCUCUCCCCACAGUUAACAUCAAAGUCCCAGCUCCAUCAGCAAUGCCAGCUAUUCAACCCCGCUACAAUGUCACUAAAACAAUUCAGAGCAUGAAAGGUCCUAUACCUACAGCGCCUAGACUGGAACCUGCAUCAUUGUCAAGUAAUUCCUCAGUAAAUGUCACUUCACCAUCACUGGGCCAAAGUCAGUCAAAUGUUCCAAACCAGUCUUUGCUUACACAACUUCAAACUGGAAAUAGCCCAGUCAUGUUGACUACUCUUAACAAAAGCAGUGGACUCGGAAACAUGGUCCUUGCAGCAGCACAACAACAACAGUCACAAGAUAAGAAAAACAUUUCUCUUAAAGUGCUGCCUCAGGGUUUACAACAACCAGGAGUAAUGCAAGGAUAUCUGACCCCUCAAGGGUUGAUCAUACCUCAAGCUGCUCUACAACAACAGCAAGCCAGCACUCUAAACAUUGGUUCAAUAAACAAUCAAGCACUUGCUCAGGGUAUACUCAAAACACAAUCUCCGAUAUCAGUAGCUCUCAACAACCAAACUGUGACUUCAGGUACUGUAAUCAACCAGGGGGGCACAUCGGUGAAUAUCAACAAUCAAAAUCUCAAUUCAGGUGUCAUCGGUUACCAAACCAUCUCACCAGGGGCACUUGGAAGUCAAAGCAUUGUCAGUAUGCCUGUUCAGCUUGGAAUUCAGGGAGGAAAUGUCACAUCAUUAGUGUCUGGAAAUCAACAGAUGAUUGUUUCUCACAGUACCAACACACAAAAGCAAAACAUUAAAAAAGCACUGCAGGAUAGUGGCAAGGUGAUACAAAACACUAUACACAGUAACUCUGGGUCCUUAGCAGCCAACUCAACUUAUGGGACACUGGCCAAAUCAUUACAGGCAGUUGGAGGACAGAACCAAGCAGGAAAUCUCAUUACUGGACUCGUAAAGACUGUAGGAAGCAAUACUAUAAUGACCAGCACUUUCAGCUCGAUAGUCAAUACCAUUCCUUCAAUGUCAACCAGUGUUGUCUCAUCAAUUAGUGUGAAACCAUCUGUCAGUUCUGACAAGUCAUCCAGCUCAGUUUUAGACACACAAAAGGUGCGUAUUCAGGCUGUGGGAGGUGGGGCAUCGACUCUGCUAGACCUCGGGGGAAUCUCAAAACUCCAGGGCCAAGGUCAAGGCCUUCUGAUGCCGGGUCUGAUUCAAGGGAUGAACUUAGUUAAUGUUGGGGGUCAGCUUAAACUGCAAGAAGGUGGAAAUAACAUGACAAUUUUGGGCAACAAUUCUAUUAAUUUGUCUACAAUUGUGUCCUCAUCUGUUCCAACAGCUAUAACCAGUGCUUCCUUAGUUAGCUCCAGUAAUACACUCGGACGUAUCUUCCCUAUAGUGACAAUAGCAGCUUCUGGGAUGAGUUCUGUAGCAUCAUCUACAGGUCAGACUAGCCAGAUGGUUGCCCCCGCCCCAGGGACAGUUCCCCAGUCACCACUUCAGCUUACAUCUCCCCUUCUUAGUCACCUUGCUAACCCAGUUGGAAACAUGGGCAAUUUUGCAACAGUUUUAGGGCAAAUAGCCAGUCCCCUCAACAAGACUGGGGUCAUUAGUCAACAAACCGCAGUUGCAGGAAAUUAUCAGUUACUUGGACAGCCAGGGGUCAAGGUGACUGGAAGUACAGGUUCAGUUCUCAGACUUCCAAGUCAGCAGUUGAAUGUUCAGAGUACAUCACCUCCAGUGAUUGGUCAGCAGUUGUGUUUAUCAGGCAACAGCACUCAGAUGGUUGGUCAGCAGCUUACUAGUCCUGUGGCAAACCAGGCUCCAGUAGUGCUGGGUAACAUAGGACAAGGGUCAUCCUCAGACCUUAUUAAACAACUUGCUGCUGCACAACUUCAGCUAUCGGGACAGUCAUCGUCAGCUCUCGUCAAUCAGAUUCCUAAUCAAAUGGUACUUCAGGUUCCUGCCUCACCAGGGGUGAAAGGUCAAGCAGUGAUUAGACCCCCUGGUCAGCAGAAUCUCCAGGGAAGCCAAACAAUGUUGCUUUUGUCACCACAGAAGCGUCUGCAAGGUGCCAGCAUUGGAACAGGCACCCAGCAGCCGAAACAGCUCACCCUGAGACUCAACUCUCCUGUUCUACAACAGACCCAGCAGAUCAAAGUACCCAUUGUAUCCUCUGCUAAGUCAACCCAGGACCACGGUGCCACACAACCCUCAAAGGUUAAACUGAACUUUGAUCUUCAAACAGCAAAGGUGAAGCCUGGUUUAGCAGUUGCAUCAAAGACUCUUUUACAGACACCAGUAGUGGGGUCUGUUGUUCCUGCAAGUGUGUCGCAAGUCACAGAAAAACCAGUCCUCCCCACCAAUCUCCUCAACCAGAAGUUAAGCAUUGCAAAGACUAACACAACUACCAUUGGUUCAGUACAACAGGCAAAUGUUGUUAGGUUUAAUACAGCAGGAUCACAACUUCGCCUACCAACGCCACCUCAACAGUCAGUGGUUGUGACUCUUCCAGAUGUCCUCAACAGUCCCAGUCCAGGACCACUGUUGUCACCUGCCAAAGCCACCAACACUUCUCAAGCAGGUGGAUCUCAAAAACUCUUCCUAUACAAUAUUGGUGGUCAGCUGGUCACCCCUCAAGGCGUGCCAGUUACUGUUGACAAUGGUGUACUAAAGGUGCUCCUGCCCCAGACCAAGAUAGUAUCACCAUCUACAUCAUCGCUAGGUCAGGCAGUCUCGGGUACUAACAAUCCUCCAGUGACAGUCGUAUCAACCCCUAAUUUGGUGAGGUACUCGUAUGUAGUCCCCUCAAAACUUGUGAAUGGUACCCAGUCCUUAAUUGCUACUGGAACUUUGACUUCUAGCAUAGCCAAAUCCAAUUCUGUAACUAGUGCUAUUCCUAGCCCUAGCAGUAUCCUCACCCACCAAUCUCUGAAGGAGUGCUCUUCAGCAGGUCAGAUGCUUCAAAGUGGGUCAGCUAUCAACAUUUCUCCAACAGUUUGUGGUGUAUCAACAAAAAGUACCCCAGGAGUGAUGUCGCCCUCAAUUGUGAACCAAAAUGUUGUGUCUCAUCAAUCUGUUAUUAAUGCCCCACAAGCUCAUAAAAACUUGACAGUGAAUGUAACUUCUAGUAUGUUGUCUCAUCACAGUGUAUCUCCUGCCUUGGCAAAAGGAAAGACAAUCCUAGCUAAAGAUCAUGUUGGAUUUGGAAAUCUCAACCAAAUAGCUUCUUCUUCCAAUCUUAAGAUCAGCCAGCUCCUUGGCCAACAGCAAAGCAAUGUGCAGGAUGUUACUGUGAGAUUAUCUGGUCACCCCACUGUAGGAGAUACAGCUAGAGCUGUCAACAAUGUGGCUGAAACUACAAAUCUGAAGACUUUUCAGGUACAAAAUGAUGACAAAACACAAUUAGGCUAUCAAGUCAGUAGUCUCAUUGGUUCUGGCCAGGGGUACAUUGUGAUGCCUGGCAAAAAAACCCAAAUCAUUUUUCCACAGCAUGGUCAGCAGAAUGCUUCUUCAACCAUGGAUAAUGUGAAAGUUUUAAAGACUCAGAAUGUUGCUGAGUUAUUAAAGUCCCAAAAACCACCACAGACUGCUCUGCUUCAACAAGGAACAAACACAGGUUCAGUGUCAUCCAUAGAUAUAAAACCAGUUCAGUUAGAAAAUCCAACCCAAAACAGCACUGAAGUACAGUCGAAGGCUGAGGUUCUGAACAAUAAUGUUACACCUUUCAGAUCUCAUAAUAUUGUAGACAAGAUUAGUGCAAGUCAAACAAAUAUGGACAUUAACCACCUGCCAGGAGGUUCCACUGUUACUAAUGGUGUAGAGGAUAAUCAACAUAUAUCGGAAAAUGUUAUGCCCAAGGUAGAAAUGAGCUGGGACAAUCCUUCAAAGGAGCAAUCUGAAACCACAGAAACCCCUAAAGGGGCAGAGAAAGAAGAGGCGGCUCUCAAUCUACUCUCGCUAGCCAAUCUCGCGUUUAACAGAUAAAACUGUUUAUUCUUUACCACCUUUGAUAUUGUAUACAUGUCUUAAUAUGAUAUUUAUAUAUGAUCAGAUAAUACAAAUGUAUGUUAAUUUUGAGAUUGUUGAAGCCCCUACAUAUGUAACAUCAACGUAAUAUAUUUGAAUUGUAGAGUUGUAUGAUGUGAAUUGAUGAGUUAUUAAGAGCAUUCACAAACAUGUGAAUGAUCAUGAAUUCAGGCUAUUUUUUAGAUAUAUUUCUUUGUGUUCAAUACAGGGACAAAACAAGAAUAACAAGUUAACUGGCUCAUGAAUGGAAACUUAUAAAACAACAGUUACAGGAAAUUUAUGGAGAAGUUUCAGUGCAUCAAAGCAUUGAUUUAUAUUUUGAAAAUCAUAUUACAAAAAACUAUAACACUCUAACUUUAUGAUUUACUUCAGAUUGGAAAUGCAUUGUAAUUAAUUUCACAACAAGAGUUUUUAGCAAGUCCACUUGAUUGAUGAGUGUAAGUGUGAAAUCAUGAUUCACUUUGAAGAUGUGUAAUACAAUCUUUGUGAAGGUUUUAUUUAAAUCAUAGAGAGUAUUAACUACUGGGGAAAAUAAACAUUAUUUGACAGGGUUUAUUUCAGUCUCUUAAUGUAUAUGUAAUAUUUGAUCAGAUACAUGGAUAUGUUUCGCAUCACUUUGUCUAAGUUUUUUUUAUUCAUUGCAGCUGUUUUUGCAUGCAAAAAUUGAAGUUUUAGAUUAAGAACGACCUAAAUUUUCAUUCUGUACAUGAUAAUGAAAAGAUUUUUGAUGGAUAUGAACGUGUUCUUUUUAACCAUAAAAUAUGGAAAUAGUCCAGGAACUUAUUACAAGACCCUGAAGUGUUCAGCAGAUGACUUCUUGUUCAAAAUUAUUCAUAAUGCAAUUUAAUUUAGAUCAUUUUGAUAUUAUUUCAACUAAAAUAGGAUGUUAUAAUUAUUUAUCGUGUAUAAUUAGGAAAUAGUAAAUUAUAUUGAAAGUAUUUAUUGAAUGAAACAUGUACAUUUGAUAAAAAUUUCAGAUUUAUAAUUUAUAGAAAGUUUAAUAUUAUGUAUAAAAUUAAUUUAUUCAAAAUAAGUAAAAUAGCAACCUAAAUAUUGUCAAAUUGAUAUAGAGUAAGAAUGCCUUGUUAGUUUGAUAUUUAAACCAUUGAAUGUGUCUUUAUUUUGCUAAGUUUCAAACAAAAUUCUUAAAAGUCUCAAUUAAGCUGAGAAUUCUGUGAAUUGAUGGAUUUAAAAUAAAAAAGCAAACAUGUUCACUUGGAAGUUUGGUCAAUGUAAAGAUGUAAGCUUAAAUUUUUCAGUUAGAUCUUGAUGUUUGUUAUGUUGAAGAUAUUUUUGUGUACUAGAUUUACAUCAAUUUUGGUGCAAAUUCUUGUCUUUGUCCUGUGUAUGGGUGUGCUUUUGUUACAACAUUGCUGCUACAAUAUGGAGCACCUGUCAUUUCCUUGUGCACUGUCCGUUUAUAUGUGUCCUGCAUUUAUCCUACUAAUUAGUUGACAAUUUUAUGAUCCAGCUGAAUAUUUUCGCCUAUAAAGAAUAUUUGCAGAAAAUAUAUCAACAAUAUGAAAGUGGGAAAAGGUUACCAUGAAAUGGAAAAAUAACACUGGAAUGUUAUCGUCAAAAAAAGGGAAUUUUUCUUUUUUUGAAUUGUUGUUUCUGAUAAAACCACAGUAAUUUUUGUAUCUUUUGGUAAGAUAACAGGGCUAAAAAUGGUGAUGGUUUUUAGUGUUAAAAAGCUAAGCCUUCAGAAUUUUUUUAUAAUUGUCAAUAUCAUUGAUGUUGUUUUAACAAGAAAUAAUAUUGUUUUAACAGCCGCUUGUUUUGUUAAUACUUGAAGAAUUGAUCAAAAUAUAAAGCAACAUAGUUUUUGCUUUAGGUAUUCAUUUCUGUUUCUGAUUAAUAUCAUAAGUCAUUUAUUUUAAAGAGAAUGCUAUGUUACGAAUUAUUAUUCUUAUUAAGAGUUAUCCUCCUUCUCAACGCAAUACGAUCACAGAAUACAUAAAUGUAGUGCUGUGUACAUGUUUCAUUUUGAAACUUUCAGAAAUAAUAUACAGAGACCUUUUUCAGUAAAAUUGCAUAUAAUUCUAUCAUAAAGAGUUUGACCUGCAUAUUGGUGGGCCCGGACACAAACUGUAUAAUGAAUAGAUUUAAUUCACAGCUGUCUAAUCUCAAGCAUGUUACUGUGCAAUUCAGAAUUUUCACAUAUUUUUACAGUUACAUAAACAAUAACAUUUUUUAAUAUUCAUUUUUAUUGUAAUUGCACAUGCAAAUUUAUUACUUUUCUGUAUGUCAAGGGAAGGAAGACAUGUCAUUGCUUUUUCAAACACCAAAUAUGAACAGUAGAAAAUCUAGCUGUGUCACUGAGGGAUUUUAUCCUGUCAGUUCGUGGCUUUAUUUGUCCAUGUGUGCUAUGCAAGAUUCUGUAAAUGUGAUGACAAAUGAGGUCAGAAAUGACUUUAAUUACUGUACUGUGUUUCUGGGUAUGUUUGUAAAUGUGAUGACAAAAGAGGAACUUUAAUUACUGUACUGUGUUUCUGGGUAUGUUUGUAAGUGUGAUGACAAAAGAGGUACUUUAAUUACUGUACUGUGUUUCUGGGUAUGUUUGUAAAUGUGAUGACAAAAGAGGUACUUUAAUUACUGUACUGUGUUUCUGGGUAUGUUUGUAAAUGUGAUGACAAAAGAGGAACUUUAAUUGCUGUACUGAGUUUCUGGGUAUGUUUGCCAUGAAGAGUUUAUGUUGUUAUGUAUUAUAGCCUUAUCAUUCUAUCACUUAGAAUCAUCAUUCCAUCAGGGUUGCUAUUUGUGUUGCAGUGUGAUACAUGUAUUUGAAUUGCCAAUUAAUCUAAUAUUUUGCAUACAUGAAUUUAGAGUAAUCCUUCAGUGUUCUUUUUAUUUCAGAUAAAUGUAUGUACUAUCUGGCAUUGGAUCUAAGACAUCAGGGUAUCAGACAUAUUGAUAGAAAUCGAUAGAUACCUGGUAAUCAGGUAUAUAAUGGCUGGUGUAUCAGAUAUUUAAUGUGUGUUGUGGUAAUUGGGUGAAAUCAGAUCAGCAGAUAUAUGGUAUUGAGAUAUAGAUUUUGUAUAAGAUACAUUUGUUUUGAGUGUUCUGUUACAUAAGAAUAUAACCAAGGUAUGAUGUGUACGCUCCAUUGCACAAGUGACGGAAGUGUAAUUCAGAAAUAUAGGGCAUAGGAGUAUUGGUUCUGUAUAUUGAAAGAAAAUUUCUAAAGCAAAACCAACAAAGUUUAUUGUUAAAUCUAGAAUGUUUUCGGCUUAUACUAUUUUGUGCUGAAAAAAUUUUCUUUGAUAUUCAAAGUUUUUUUUGAAAGAUUGCCAGGUUUUCCCUCUGUGUAAGUGUAUAUAUAAAAGUUGCUUAAAUGAUGUGUGAGUAAGGUUCCUGAUUACUUGGGUAUUCCCCUCAAACUUAACAUUCCAAAAAAAAUGGAAAAAAAUAUUACCAGGUAAUCCUACACUUCAUAUUGACAUUCAUUGAUUUCAAAUACUGUGGUAUCAUUUCUACAGUUGAAUUUCUGACAUACAUACAGUGCACACCAACAUAUAUUCCAUAGAUACAAUUGCAUCAUCAUUUCAUUCUAAAAUGUCAUUCAGAACUCUAGGACAGAUCUCAUCAUGCUUUUAAGCUUUCAGUAUAACUGGCAGAUAUUAAUAUAAUGAACAAGUCACAACUUAUAAUAAAUAAUACAAAAUGAAUUUGAGAGAGUGUGUGUGUGUGCUGUAUAUAAUGAACUCUAUUUUCUUCACAGAAUAUUGUUGUUGAUCUUGAAUGCUAUAUAACUAUAAUGUAAAUAUUGGUUAUUUAAUUUUUGGAAUAAAAACUGUUCCAUUUCUUAUGAAA